AUGUCCCUCAUCCCGUGGCUCCGGUGGAAUGAGGCCCUGCCCCGGCUGUCGUCCCGGAGCCCGGCUGAGAUGGUGCUGGAGACACUCAUGAUGGAGCUGGCCGGGCAGAUGCGCGAGGCCGAGAGGCAGCAGCGGGAGCGCAGCAGUGCGGGCAGGAAGAUCUGCACCGGAGUGGACUACAGCUGGCUGGCCAGCCCGCCCCGGGCCACCUACGACCUCAGCCCUGGUGAGCGGCUGCAACUAGAGGAUGUCUGUGCCAAGAUCCCCCCGUCCUACUGUGGGCCCGCCAUCCUCAGGUUCCGGCAGCUGCUGGCGGAGCAGGAGCCCGAGGUGCGGGAGGUGUCUCGGCUCUUCCUCUCGGUGCUGCAGGAGGUGCUGGAGCGGACGAAGCAGGAGGAGGAGGCCCGCAGGCUGACCCGGCAGUGGAGCCUGCGGCCCCGCGGUGGCCUGGCACUGUCCACCUUCAAGACGCGCACACGCAUCGCUCCCUUCGCCAGCGACAUCCCCACCAUCUCGGAGGACGUGGAGCGCGAUGCACGGCCCCCGCCCCGGACCUGGAGCAUGCCCGAGUUCAGGGCGCCCCAGGAGGACUGA